GUCCGGGGCAAUUCAUAAUCUUACUAGCCUGUACCGCCCGGAUUGAAUGUGUUCCCAUACCGCUAGUAAUUUUGAUACUGUAAACAAAACAUCCAUCCAUUCACCCUUUGGGUGACGGCGAAUUAACCUGAGGUAGCUGUUAGAAUACCCCGACUUACCGCCAAUGUUGCAUGUGCAUUCGUGGCUUCUGUGCUCAAGUGGAUUCUCGCAGAGCUCUCUCAAACACCUCGGUGCUUUCCAACUACCGAAUUAGCUUCGAGGAAGAGCACUUCAACUCUACAGGAAAUGGCCACUACUACCCUAUUUACAUCGGUGACAUCUCCGCCCUUUUAAGUAUCAGUUCAUCGGGGAAACAGGAUUCAUCUCCAGUCUAUACCCGUGAUGAAUCUCAUACUCAGAAGACCAAAAUACAUCAUCACAUAAGUCAAGCCGAUCUAUUCCAUCCCGGAUACGGCUUGGUACGAACAACGCUCGAUACUCUGUUACUCGACCCGUGCGGAUGGUCUUCGGGGUCAUCCGCCGUUGGAUCUAUUGUAACGGGGAAAGUGAAGCAACGAGUUCUUUACUGAAAGUGAAAGCAAGACAUCACCAUCUCGCAUACCGGAGAAUUUGAGUCGUAGAAAUCCCCCGAAAAGAACAACAAAAAGGCUUUCUUACAUCUCAUGGGAGGGGUAACUCAGUGGCAAUCAGAAGGUACAAUGACGGCAACGGAGCUGUUGCGGGAUC